ACUAAUAACUCUCUGUUGUCUGCACUCUAUGGUCUAUGGUUAUCUUGUUUAUGGUGACGUUUGAUCAAUUUUAUAUAUUGUCGUUUCCGAAUUUGUAGCGUAAUUAUUACCUAAAUUUAAUAAUUAGACAAGGAACUGCCCAAUGGAAAAAAAUUUGGUAGAGAAACGUCACCAUGAAGACUCAUCCAAACAAGAUCAAGAUCCACCUAAAAAGAAACACCGGAAAGAACAUAAACACAAGCACAAAAAACGUACCGCCGAGAAAAUUGAAAAACCUAAGAGACACAAAAAACAUAAAAAACACAAAACUAAAUUGAAAGAAAAAGAUGAUGCAGAAAAUGAGCGUUAUACGCCGGAAAAAUUACCCCAGAAAGCAAAAGAUUCCACUAAUGAAAUUGUGAAUGGAAAAGUUAUUGGUGAAGAUAAUGGUGUAAUAAAAGCAACAGACUCGCAAACAGUGGUAGAUUUUGUGGCUUCAGGGUUGGGAACUGUAACUCAUUCCCUAGAAGUUAUAUCAUCAGAGAGUGAGGAUUUGCCGGAAGCUGAUUGCGAUAGUGAUGCAAUUGAUACCAAUGUAAUAGAAGCAGACAUGGAUCUGGAAGAAUUGAUGAAGCAGAAAGAACUUCUUCAAGCUGAAUUAGCUAAUGCUGAUGCUGAAGUGGCAACUGAUAAAACUAAGCAAAAUGGCCAGCAAAUAGAUGAAGUGAUUUUACUAGAUGAUUCCGAAGAUGAAGUGGAAAAAGUUAAGCCCAAAAAGCCUACAAUUAGUGUAGAUAAGGUGGCUCUAAAAGAGAAAGAACGGUAUGAAAGAGAGCGAAGAAUUAAAGAGAGGCAAAGAGAAUAUGAGAAACAAAAGGAAAAAGAAAGAGAGAAGGAGAAAGAAAGGGACAGGCUAAGGGAAAUAAGAGAAAGGUCUCGUUCUCAUGUAAGUGAUCGUGAUCAACGAUCAAGAUUGGACAAGGAUCGCAAAUAUGAUGCUCGGGACCGCGUAAAUCGCGAAUCUCACAGGUCAAGGGAACGAAGAUUGCAGCUUGAAAAAAGGCGCCAGAGGUCUCAGGAUAGAGAUAGAAGGCACCAUCACCAUCACAGAUCAGAUAGGCACAAAAAAUCAGAAAAACAGGAUAAGUUCAAGGACUCCUUCAGUGAGGGUCAGCAGAAAACCAAAGAAGAGACCAGCGACAGCGAUGUCCAAGUGGAAAUUGAAUUUAAUGAAGAUGAUGAAGAUGAAGAGGCAAUUAUUGAGAAGAGGAGAAAACAACGCGAAGAGCUACUAAAAAGAUUGGGAGCUAACAAUGACGACUCAAACUUGUCAGUUCCAACAUCGCCAGAGCCCAAAGAAAGCACCCCUGAGCCGGCAAAAGAAGAACCUCCUAAACCGGAAGGUCCUAAAAAAAUUAUCAAUAAUUUAACGGUGGAAAAGCAGGAAAGAGUUGUGCAAACCAGUACUGACGAAUCGUUAACUCCCCCCUUGCUUCCGAAUAUGAAGCUUAAGGAGGAUUUAACUGAUAAAAAGGCUAUUAAUAAGGAUGUGAAAGGGAAAACAACAGAGUGGGACAUGUUUGCUGAACAAGAUUUUAAAACAAACACCAAUUCGCCUUCGACCAUAGUAAAAUCGAAAGGAUCGAAAGCGGAAAAUCCCGCGUUAACCGACAACUGGGAUGACGCGGAAGGUUACUAUAGGGUCCGGAUUGGUGAAAUCCUUGAUUCGAGGUACAUGGUGUACGGGUAUACCGGUCAGGGCGUAUUUAGCAACGUCGUGAGAGCCAGAGAUCAGGCCAGGGGCAACCAGGAGGUCGCCGUCAAGAUAAUAAGGAACAAUGAGAUCAUGCACAAGACGGGACUUAAAGAGCUCGAGAUACUCAAGAAGCUGAACGACGCCGAUCCCGACGAUAAGUUGCAUUGUCUCCGGUUGAUACGCCAUUUCUUCCACAAGCAACACUUGUGCAUGGUGUUUGAACCUUUGCUGAUGAAUCUGCGCGAAGUGCUGAAGAAGUACGGCAAGAAUGUCGGGCUGCACAUAAAGGCGGUGCGCAGCUACACGCAACAGUUGCUUUUGGCGUUAAAGUUACUGAAGAAGACGGGAAUAUUGCAUGCAGAUAUUAAACCGGACAACAUUCUCGUCAACGAAAGCAAACUGGUGCUGAAGCUGUGUGAUUUCGGGUCGGCGUCCAAGAUCAACGAGAACGAAAUAACGCCAUAUUUGGUGUCGCGUUUCUACCGCGCCCCCGAGAUCAUACUCGGGAUCCCAUAUGAAUACGGCAUCGACAUGUGGUCCGCCGCCUGUACGAUUUACGAACUGUACGCUGGCAGGAUAUUGUUUUCUGGCAAGUCCAACAAUCAGAUGCUGAAGUUUUUUAUGGACGUGAAGGGCAAGUUUCCCAACAAGGUGAUCCGCAAGGGAGCGUUCAAAGAUCAACACUUUGACCCUAACUGUAACUUCCUCUAUCACGAGAUCGACAAAGUCACAGAAAGGGAAAAGGUUGUGGUGAUGACGGUGGUCAAAGUGUCGCGGGAUCUGCAGUCGGAGCUCGUGGCCGGUCAGGCCCUGCCUCCCGACCAGUUGAAAAAAGUCACCCAGCUAAAGGAUCUGCUGGAGAAAGCAUUGGCCAUCGAUCCCGGUAAAAGGAUCAGCCUCAACAACGCCCUUACCCAUCCCUUUAUACAGGACAAGAUCUGAUUACUGAGUAACGCGAGGUAAACAGUUCAAAAAAACGCAGGGCCGGUUUAAAAAAAAUUGUAAAUUUGUAAGCGAACCAAAAACACUGUGUAACAUAUGUGCGUUUAUAUUAUUUGUUCAAUAAAUAUUCUGCGACAUUCACGGUAUUCUUUUUCGAUAGUUUCGCGCGUCGGCGCGUACCGACUGCCCGCCAUUU